AGAACAACGCGGGCAAGCACUCCUCUGGUUGCAUUCAUCUACAUUCAAUGCAUCAGGCCACCGAAGUAUCCUGCAAUCUUCAGCAGAAAUCUCUUCAAGCACCUUGGGAUGUCUUCCCAGCGAUCGCGGUGCCAUGUUUGCGGCUUCCCUGCAGCAACAGAUAAAUGGUCCUGAACCCUUCGUCCCAUACCCUGUCGCGGAGAUAGAUCGGAACUCUACUUCUGAGCAUUGCAGUUCAUCACCAAUCAUCAUCAUUACUCGGCAAGCUUUCGUAUUUAUGGAUUUGCGCGUGAGAGCACGGCAGAUCGAUGUUCAAAUCAGCAAUCAAAACUGCUUCCGUACGCAUGUGCACAUUCCGAAGCAUUCUUCAGAGCAGGCAGUGCUCUUCGUUCCAGUUGCAACCCAAUACAUGGAAGAAAGACGUUGCCACUGCUCGGUAUGCGUGCAGUAUCCGCGACCAACGUGCUCUGGGGGACCUGGAGCCUAGGCGAAGACGGGUUGGUCACCACUAUCGACAGAUCUACGAAUGGGAUGGGAGAAUAUGUCGUCGAGAAGCUGUCGUCAAGAUGGCAGUAUCCCAAGGACCUUGCCUCAAUUUCGAAUCAUGCUCACGUUCAUCCCCCGGAUUAAACAGAGAUCGCACAAGUUGUUGGAUGCGACACCCAGUUCUCCCUUCCAUUGCCUUGCAAUUGCAAGCCGCUCUUCCAACAGACAAGUUUCGCCAUCUCGUACUUCUUAUCCACGGGCAUAACAGGAAAUUUCUGUAUACGCUUGUGCGACUCCCCGCCAUAUGUGAUGGGUGGUAUAGGGUGAUUAGGCGACUUAUUCGAUGGGCUAAAAGCGAGGAGUUUUUCACUUGGGCGUUCUUGGAACGUGUCGAGGCGGUAGUUAUGAUCGGAGAGCUGCAUGGUAUUUUGGCUACCACGAUGAAGACACGUCUUUAUCACAGUAUGAUUACCGGGCGUGUACAGAGGAAUUUCUGUUUUGGCUGAGCGAAUAUCGCGUCAAUGGAGAACCACUACAUAAACUGUAUACUAUGGAACACUCUCGGGUUAUGCAUCCCGAGUUUCAGGAACUCAGAAAUACGGAUUUCAGUGAGAUCGUCAAUUUAAACCGCGA